GCCCAGCUGCGGUCAAUUGUGCAAGAUCGUCCGAGAGAAGCGGGUCGUUUUCGUUCUAGUGCUCCGGUACUGCUGCUGCGGACUUUGUGAGAUUGCCAGAAGAAGUUGUGCUGACUUGACGCGCCACCAAUCCCGAACAGUUGCUACUUAGGCGGUUGUGAUCUUACCGAACUUGGUGCUUGGCGUUAAGUUUUACUUGAGAGGUGUGUUGUUGAACCCCGGCGUGGAAAGCGUGUAUCUUGGCGGUGUGGAGAAAAACCCGUCGUCCUAAGUGGUGCUUGUGUGCUAGCGAUCUGUGAUUAACCUAAUCGUUUGACGUCCGGUCAAGUGCUGCGUCAUCCCAUUGCGCAAAAUCAAACGAAUCGUCCCAACAUGAAGUCCAUCAUUUUGUGCCUGGUGUUUGUGCUGGCGUACGCAGGAGGACAGCGUAUCACCACGAUCCAGCUGGACGGUGUGCAGUACUUCAUCAGCCGGAUGAACCCGUACUCGCCCGAGCUGAACUACUUCCUCGCCUACCAGUACUGCCGGUCGCUCGGGUUGCAGCUCGCCUCGUUCGAGACCAAGGAGAAGGUGGAAUCGAUGACCGAGUACCUGCAGAACGCCGGCUACGGCAAGUACAACUUCUGGACGUCGGGCAACCGGCUCGGCACUGGCAUGUUCCUCUGGAUGAGCACCGGACUGCCGUUCAACGCCACGUUUGACUACUUCGAGAAGUCGCCGGAAACCGUCGGCAUGGACCCGCUGGACCACAACAGCAACACCUCACCCCAGCGCACCGCUCGCGACAGCAGCAGUGGACUGCAGAAGGGCUGCGUGCACCUGAAGGCCCCGAGCCUACGAUGGGCCCCGGAGGACUGUUCGGCCGUGAAAGAUUUCAUCUGCGAGCAAACGCGAUGCUACUACUACAACUACGGUAGCAUUCCGGUUUCGUCCGCGCAGGGGUAAAUAUUGUCCCAAACCCAAACCCUGAGGACUGAAAUGCACUGACUGGACAACUAAACACACACAAACACACACACACACACAAGCAAACACAAAGAGCCUUUCUCCAUUUGCCCAAUUGUCCUUCCCCAUUUCAAGACGGCUCGCAAAACAGACCAAUCAACCGAUGGACAUCAAACCGAAAACCAAACUCCCUCCCGAUCCCGGCCAUAUCCAUAUCCCCGUCCCCGACAGUCUUAUGUAAUCGAACGAGUACCGAAAACGAAACCGAACUCGACAAUCAAAAAACACUGAACUGACGACAUUGAACACCGUCCAAAUGCUGAGCCGGUAGUGGUGAGCGGAUAAUGGAGCAGAAAAACGCAGCAAGCAAACGCGAAAGGAAUCACUGCUCCAAUCAAAAUAAACAGGCAUCACAAUUUGUUAAAGCAA